UGUAGUUUUGUCUCCUGGUGAACUCCGCGAAUGUAGUUGAAUAUUUGACGUCUCCAAUAACAGGAGAAGAGAAAAGCUAAAGCCGGGUGGAAGGCGCUCCAUUAUCUGGAUUUAGUAAAAGAGACGAUUUUACAGCAGGUUCAGAGUCCCUGGAAAGAAACACCUGAGAGGACUCUCCAGGCUCCUGAUAUCGAUGGUCCUUGGGAUAGGUUGGUGACGGUUCGACUUCCCACAAACUUGAGGAACUGCCGGAAAACUCUUCUCCCAGUCCAUACCAAGAGAGAAUAGAAGCUCAGGACGGCAAUAUCUCCUCACAUGUCCACUUCUCUCCAAACAGGUUUCUAGUACACAGGACCCGCGGUCCAUAUCUGCUGCAGAAGGUUAUAUCCCUGAUGGAUACAGUCAACAAGAUGGAGGAGAGAAUGUUAGAUCUCACCCUAGAGAUCAUCUUCUGGCUCACUGGAGAGGUACUGAAAGGGCAUAACGAUGAGAACAAUAUCCGUGCUGCAGAGUCUAAUAUGAGGCCUGAUGACCAGUGCAAGGAGGACAUCCCUACAGACAACCACCCAGAUGAGUGUUCCAGGAGCUCGGAGAGACAUCUGAUGCCUUCAGACAUAAAAGCAGAUGAUUGUGGUGUCACACAAGAUACAUGUGAAGAACGUGUUAUUGUCCCAGAUAGACCCUCAGUCCUUCACAGUCAUAACAUAUCAUCUGAUCCUAUUAAAUGGGUCCUACUGUCCGAUUCGUCACAGAAUGAGAAGCAGAGAUGUGCUGGACAUCAAAUAAGUCACCUGGUGGAGAAGCAGUAUUUAUGUUCAGAAUGUGACAAAUGUUUUACUUCAAAGUCACAUCUUGUUAUACAUCAGAGAAUUCACACAGGAGGGAAACGAUUUUUAUGUUCAGAAUGUGGGAAAUGUGUUAAUCUGAACUCCACUCUUGCUGAAGAUGAGAGAAUUGUCAUAAGAGUGAAACGAUUUCCAUGUUCAGUAUGUGGCAAAUGUUUUACGUCAAAAUCACAGCUUGUUAAACAUGAGAGAACUCACACAGGAGAGAAGCCAUUCUCAUGUUCAGAAUGUAAAAAGUGUUUUUCUCUGAAAUCACAUCUUGUUAUACAUCAGAGACUUCACACAGGAGAGAGACCAUAUUCAUGUCCAGAAUGUGGGAAAGGCUUCACUCUUAAAUUAUCUCUUGUUGAACAUCAGAGAAUUCACAUAGGAGAGAGGCCAUUUUCAUGUUCAGAAUGUGGCAAAUGUUUUACUCGGAAAUCAGAUCGUGCUAAACAUCAGAGAAUUCACACAGGAGAGAAGCCGUAUUCCUGUUCAGAAUGUGGGAAAUGUUUUACUCGGAAAUCAGAUCUUGUAAACCAUCAGAGAAUUCACACAGGGGAGAGGCCAUUUUUAUGUUCAGAAUGUGGGAAUUGUUUUACUGUGAAAUCAGCUCUUCUUAAACAUCAGAGACUUCACACGGGAGAAAAGCCGUUUUCAUGUUCAGAAUGUGGGAAAUAUUUUGCUCUCAAAUCAAGUCUUUUUAAACAUCUGAGAGUUCACACAGGGGAGAAGCCGUAUUCAUGUUCAGAAUGUGACAAAUGUUGUACCUCAAAAUCAGAUCUUGUUAAACAUCAGAGAAUUCACACACAGAGAAGCCAUUUUCAGUGACCAUACCUCCUGGUGCGAGUUCAGUUUCCACAUAAGGCUGCUUUCACACUGGCGUUUCUGGGUCUGCUUGUGAGAUCCGUUUCAGGGCUCUCACAAGCGGCCCAAAACGGAUCAGUUCAGCCCCAAUGCAUUCUGAAUGGUUAAGGAU